GACGGACGUCCAAAAAUACUUUAGCGCUCUUGCUUAGUCGUUGAAGAGAGUUGUUUCGGAUAACAGUGAAGUUUAGCAGAGCUGAAUCGAGGCUACUUCAUCCUUGCAGAAUUAUAUCCGAAAUGGAGGGACCCGUUCCUGCGGCUGGCGGAGAUGCACCGGUGGUCGAAGCCACGAAGACCGACGACUCAUCGUCACGAUCGACGAUCGCGAUAAAACCGACAAACGUCGAUAUAGCGCAAGAUGUAAUCGGAUCCGCGGGAGAGAAUUAUAUGUCAACGGAAGUAGGUGCAGAAGCGAACGCGCCCGUCGAAGGAGUCGCUGAUUCCGUCACGAAGAUUACAAAUACAAAUGCAAAGGAUCCUGAGGAGGAUCCUAAGGACGCGAUCGCGGCGAUACAACUGCUUGAUAAAGACAAGACCGACGAUAACUCGAAGCCAAAUAUCGUGCAUACGAAAGGCGACAAUGUGGCCUCAGUGUCGCAGUUGGAGGAGAAAGUCAGGAACAGGACGAGGGAGCGCGACAUUUAUCGAAAGAAGUUGGAAGAGACGGAGAAGAAGCUAGCUACUUUGCAAGCGACCUACGACGCGACGACGCGUCAAGGUGGCGAUGAGACCAGCCUGCAACGAUCGGUGGAGCAGCUGCGAGGCCAAUUGGCACAGACAGCGUUGAUGUACGAGGAGAGGAAUCACGUGGUUGCGAAUCAGGAAAAUCAAAUCAACGCCCUGAACAAUCAAGUGACUUCGCUGAAGGAAGUGGUAUCCAUCACGCGCGACCUACUGCAGAUCCGUAAUAUGGAGGUGAAACAGCUUCAGGCAGAAGUCGAUAGUAUGGAGCGGAAGAUAACUGAAGAACGUGAUCGACAUAACGCGAUGAUUAGCAAGAUGGACACGGCGAUGCGAUUAAAUGCUGAUCUCAAAAAGGAGUACGAAACUCAAUUGUCCCUGUUUCAGAGUCUUCGAGAGAAAUAUGGCGAAAAAAUCACUCUGUUGUCCGAAGAGAAGAGAGCCCUCGAAGCGACAACUACUACACCUCAAUGAUCAUGUAUCACAAACUUCUUAAUUACGUGUUAUAAAUAUCUUAAUCACGUGCUGAUCAAAAUCGUUGGCGAGAAUUUAUUUUGUAACGAUUAUUGCGCUACUGUUUAAUAUUUAUUAAA